GUUUUCCUGUUGUAGUGAAAUUAGGCUGAGACACGGAGGUCCGAGCAGCCAGAUAUUUCCAUGUGUUACCGGGACGUUAAGAUAGUCGGUUUGUGGUGAGUGAACUGCUCUGAAACGUUUAAUACGAUGUUAACUUGCGUCGGUAACGUAUUUGUUUUGUUUACUCUAUAGGCUGCUAUUAGAGUGUGACACAUAGUGUUGCUAAAUAACUAAAUGUAAAAAUAUGCUUAUUCCUACCCAAGCAACCACAAUAAGUUGUGGGUCAGUUACAGCUGCACAGCUUUUAAAGAAUGUUUAUGCCAAGUUUCACUUAAAAAAAAGUCGUCUGUCUUUACUCGCCUCGGUGAGACAUACCUGAUUGAUUACGGGCUACUUACUGCAAUAUAAAGCACCGAGGUUAAGUGUGGAGAAUUCAUAGAUUCGGAGACGAGCUUUGUGUAUUAGUGGUGUUGUCUAUCUUUUCUUUGUGAUCGUUUUGCAGGUGAUCCACCCAUCAUGCUUGUACCAGCUGCUGCUCGCUGUCCCUCUUUCAGGUGAACCUCGCCCAUCUUAGGUCCAGCAUCCCCCCCCCCCCAGCACCAUGACUUCUGAGCAGCAGCCCAGCGCUCAGUACUUCCAGUGGGACUAUCGCCUCCAGCUGAUCGGCCUCGGAUUUGGCUUCUACGCUGCAAUAUUUCUCCUCUCCCACCUCCUGUCUGCGGCCCUGUGCCGCACAUACCAGUCCCUGCUGGCUAAGGAGAAGGUUUUCUGGAACCUGGCAGCCACCCGGGCAGUGUUUGGCAUCCAGGGCAGCGUGGCCGGACUGCGGGCCCUGACUGUGGACUCCGCCAUCAACGCGGACAAAGUGAGGGGCCAAGAGGACUGGUCCUGGUUUACGGUCCUCACAGCUACGGGCUUUUUUGCGUUUGAGAAUGUAGCGCUCCACGCCUCCAGCUUGGUGUUUUGGUCUUUUGACCCCCCGCUGGCGAUACACCACUUCUUCGCCGUGGCAGGGUACACAGGGACGCUGGUGUGGGACUCCCAGGGCCACUACCUGCCGUUGAUCACGCUCCUGCUGGAGAUGAGUACGCCGUUCACCUGUAUAUCCUGGAUGUUACUGAAGGCCGGCUGGGCGCGCACCCUGUUCUGGAAAGCCAACCAGUGGGUGAUGAUCCACAUGUUCCACUGUCGCAUGGUGCUCACCUACUACAUGUGGUGGGUAACCCUCACCCACUGGGGAGAACUCUGCACCUAUGUCGCCCGACCCCCCCUCAUAAUGUUCGUCCUCGGCCUGGCUCUGCUCACGUUCAUCAUCAACCCCAUCUGGACGCAGAAGAAGACCAUGCAGCUGCUAAAUCCUGUGGACUGGAACUUUGGGAACAAGCCGACACCGGUGAACGGCGCUAAGAAGGGUCAGUCCGAGGUUUCUGGGAAACCCCAUGCCAGCUAAGGAGUGUGGAAAAGCUCCUAUCUUUUCUGAAUGGACGUGACCUUUGGUGUGAUCAUGGUAGGACUGAUGGUUUAGGUUUUAUUUUUAUUAACAGACUGUGUUGCUUUUGUUUAAAGUGCGAGACAAGUAGACGUUACUGAUGUAAAAUGUUUGAUCAUCUGCUACUGUCACAGCACAUGUUACAAGAGAGUCUCUCGUUGGACUCUUUCUCUCCUUUCAGACAGGUUUGUUUUGUUGUUGAUUUUCAUCAGCUCAUAUUAUUCUACGUCUGGUUGGCUUCUAAUGAAGGGAUGUGCCUUUGCAGGGCGUUGGAAUGAAGCCCUGCCUGUUUCAAUUGCCUGUGAACAACAGUAAACACAACAGUAAAACCAUUAAGUUUAAUAGGUCUUCCGUGGGGUCAUCACUGUAUGUCCACAGUAUUAAGUAAUACUUUAGUAGUUAACUCUGUCUUCCUGCAGCGGCUUCUGUAGGUUCAUUUCUAUAGUCAGAAAUGGCUGACAUAUUGUUUGCCUAUGGAUACAACAUGUCUUAGGCGGGAGAGAGUGUUUCCCUUUUUGGAGUGCUGAUCAUUCAGUAGUAAAGUCACGAGUGGUAAAGUCAGACUGAAGUUUUAUGACACACAAGAUGAAUUUAGGGCAAAGGAGGAAACGCUGUAAAAUGUGAUUAUGUUUAAAGAACGAGCUCCUGUAGGCCGAUCAUUAGAUCGUUUAGAUAACAAGUGGACGGUUUGAACUGUUAAUUCAUGAGUCACAGUUUUCCACGAACAGAGAGGGAACCAUUUAUUACAUUUGUGGCACAACAAAAUCGUCUUUAUUGUCGGAAGAAAGCUCAGGAAUGGUCCACGCCACAAAGGCCUCAUUGUCCAAAUUGAGAUGCGUGAGGUGAAGUGAAACUGAAACAUUUGUUGACACAUGAGUUAAAUUCCAACCAUGAUACAUUUUUUCAGUAUGUAGGAAGACUAACUUAAAGUGGAAAAGCUUUACUAAAAUGUAUUUGUACUUGUUAAAUUUGUCGAGAGGUUUGUGUUUUCAACAACGGCCUCAUUGUACUGAAAGUUUGUGUGUUGUCAGCCUUCUGGCAUAGGAAGUAUUCUGUCACUAUCUCACACUCUCAGAUCUCUCACUGUGUUGACAUUACUCAUUUAAUAUGUAAACAGUCUCUCGGUGUUGAUGACAUUUUUCAUUGUUAUUUUUUAGUAUUAAAAUAUGGAUAAAUUUUACAUGAUGAAGAUGCAAAGACUGCUGAGUUGAAGCUAUUUUUUUUUUUUUUAAUCACAGAGCAUUUCAUGACUUCACAGACUUAAAAUUCAUAAAUGUCUGUACGUGGAGGCUUUUCAGACCGGUAUUUAACAUAAAAAUAACUAUUUUUACUAUUUAUUUUUCACCCAGCUGUAUUUGAUAUCACUUAAAGAUUUGCUACAGAAAUUAUUUUGUCAAAGAUCGUUAGAUUCAUACUUUUCAAUUAUUGAGACAGCACAAAAAUACCAUUAAUAGUGCUACUAAUUCCAGUGGCAUGUAUGAACCAUUUUGUUAAUGUGUGUUUUUUGUUAACGCAGUCAUUUUUAGCUUGUGUGAGUCACAACUUGAAGUGUUUUCUCACAUAUAAGCACGUCCCUUGGUUUUGUUGAUGCUCAUGACUGCCUGUAGGUGGCAGAGUAAGAAUAAUUAUGUCUUGCAUCACUGAGUUUAAGUUUUUUUUUUAACUUUGAGGUUGAUUCUUUUUUUCUCUCAAAAAACAUACAAGGCCCAUUUCAUGGUAUUAUAUUACAGAUAUGCCUGUUUCUAAAUUAAAUGUUGGUUUCUAUUUUAAUACAGCAAUAAACAAUGAUAUGAUAUAAAA